AUGUUCCUGCAACGCUCCGCCAUCACUGCGGCUCGCCGCGUCGCCGCCCGACCUGCUGUCGCUCGCACCUUUGUCACCUCCGUCGCUCGCCGUGAUGCCAGCCGCCCUGCCACCCCCAGCGAGCAGGCUGCUGCUCUUGCUGGCACUGCCGAGAAGAAGGUUGGAUCCUACAAGGUCCUGAAGGAGAUCCAGACUGAGGAGGAUCUCUUCGGUCCUGGUGCCGCCCCCGGUACCGUCCCUACCGAUCUCGAGCAGGCCACCGGUCUCGAGCGUCUGGAGAUUCUCGGUAAGAUGGAGGGUGUCGACAUCUUCGACAUGCGCCCUCUCGAGGCCACCCGCCUCGGAACGAUGAAGGACCCCAUCAUGGUCCGAUCUGCUGGUGAGGAGCAGUUUGCUGGUUGCACUGGUUUCCCUGUCGACUCUCACAGUGUUACCUGGCUCGGCAUCACCCGCGAGCGCCCUAUCGAGCGAUGCCCCGAGUGCGGCAGCGUCUACAAGAUGGACUACGUCGGUCCUGAGGACGAUCACCACCACCACCACCCUCCUGAGUUUGAGGAGCCCAAGACUUUUGCCGAUUACAUCAAGCCUGAGUACCGAUACAAAUAA